UUUUUGUGGCACGUAUGAUCGGCACGUGUAUAAAAGUCUGAGUUAUCAAUGAACUCCCAAUAUUUUACGUUACGUUUCUCUUGAAGAUUACCGAAAAUGAAGCUUUGCGUGACUCUCUUACUUUGCCUUCUCUUUUUGGGAAUGGACGCUCGUUCCAUAAAGAGGAGCCCUGGUGACGGUCGGACGUUGUGCUCGAUGACAACGCCUUGUGGGUGGGAGAUUUACAAGCCCUACAUAAGGACUGUAGAAUACUUCAUGAAAAGCCCAUGCGACUGUCCUAGUGGAACCCGUUGUGCGCGUUCCAGCGACGACAUUUCCAUAUCAGCUUUUGUGUACCGUUGUUCACCUAUAGAAGAAUCCUGAAGCAAAAAAUGUGAAAUGUCUUAAUCAUGCCAUUCAUAAGAUCUAAUUUAUUGAUUUGUCAAUCUGCAUAUUGUACAUAUUAUUCGAUGCUAUUUAUUUACUCCAUUUGUAUAUGUUUUUAAUGAAAAGCGUUUUUAACUGAAUGAGUUAAUAAAACGUGUUUUCAACUAUUCGAAAAGUCUGUUUCUUUAAAUUUUUCUUCCUUAAAGGUGUAUGCAGUUGGAAUUCAGCAGUUAUUUCUGUUGCUGAGGAGUGAUAAUAUUUAUGGCUUACAUACUUCUUGUAAAUGGUGUUAUGUGCAAAAUGUAUCACUCUACAUGACAGACAGUUGGACAUUAUUGCUCAAAGUGAUUUUUAUACAGAUUUAGAAUUAAAAAUGAAUUAAAUUUUUCA